UUCAUCUUCCAUGGAGGGGAGGGGGUGCCCGUUACACACUCCUUAUUACAGCUACCCUAUAAAUCCUCUUCAUUUCCUCCCUAAAUUCCUGGGCAUUCAUGAACCCUUAAUCUCAAAAUCCAAAAAACCAUAAACAAAUCAUUCACGCAGCCAAUAACAACAACAACACAAUGUUCUUCAUCAAAUCACUCAUUGUUUUUGUUUUCUUGAUUUGUUCUUCUACCUUGUCUCAUGGAUUCUCUGCAUCAGAAGAGGCACAGAGCCCAUAUAUCAAAGAUUCGAAUGAGGAAUAUGGUGUUGUUGUAAAAGCUGCGAGAAGGUCCGUUCUUGAGGAGGAGGAGGAGAAUUCAACCAUUGUAUUGGCUGCAACAAGGACAAUCAGAAAAGACCCCCUUGACCAUUUCAAUUAUUACAGGGGUGGAUGGAAUAUAACCAAUACUCAUUAUAUUGCUUCUGUUGCCUACACAGCUGCUCCUCUAUUUGGGAUUGCUCUAGUCUGGUUUGUGGUUUGGGGUCUAUUUCUCAUUUGUGCAUGCCUUUGUUGUUGCUGCUGCUGCUGCCGAAAGAAGAGCUAUGGCUACUCUCAAACAGCUUAUGUACUUUCAGUUGUCUUUCUCAUAAGCUGCAUCAUCGCUGCCGUAUGUGGAUCUGUUUUUCUGUUCGUUGGACAGGCAAGGUUCCGACGUAGCGUCACAGAUACAUUGGAUUAUAUAGUGAAUACUGGGUUAAGCAUAUAUGAAAGAGUGAGGAACUUCUUGACUGCUCUGACAUCGUCUACAACAAUUGUUGUGGAUCAAUUUCCUUUAUCGGCAGAUCUCCUGAAGCAAAUCGGUGAUGCGGACUUUAUGCUCAAUGUUUCGUCGCAUCUUCCUCAAGCCCAGUCUCUGAAGAAAACGCUUGACAUAGAAAAUGUCAUUAGUCCUGUCGGAGUGGCCCUUAACGUAGGUGUUGCUGUGGUUCUUCUCUUUUCAAUUCUCGGUUUCCUAUUUGCACUUUGUGGUAUCAAAUUCCUUGUGUACAUAUUGGAAGUCCUAGGGUGGAUUCUCAUCACCGGUACAUUUAUUUUGGCUGGUGUGUCUCUAGUUUUCCGUAAUGUAGUAGCAGACACUUGCAUUGCAAUGGAUCAGUGGGUGGAAAACCCAGAAGCUCAAUCGGCAUUUCGUGAUCUUCUGCCUUGUGUUGACAAUGCAACUGUCCAAACAUCCCUGAAUGUGAGCAGUAGAGUCACCUUUGGAUUGGUCCAAGUUGUUGAUCAGUACAUCACCACGAUCGCCAAUCAGGACUUGACGGUAGAAGCUGGACCUCUGUAUCACAAUCAAACAGGUCCGCUGGUGCCUCUCCUCUGCAGUCCAUUUGACUCUAAUUUGACUAGGCGAAGUUGUGCUCCCGGUGAAGUAGACUUCAAUCAUGCUGGAGAGGAGUGGAAAAAAUACGUCUGUCAAGUAUCAGCAGAGAGUAUUUGCACUACGGUAGGUCGCUUGACCCCAAAUGCAUAUAACCAGAUGAUGUCUGCCGUAAACACCAGCAGCCAAAUAAACAGUUUCGGACCAUUCCUCGCUGAUCUUGUCGAUUGCACCACUGUCCGAAACACUUUCAGAGACAUCAGCAAAACUUACUGUCCUGGCCUGAGACAAAACAGUUUCCGGACCUAUAUUGGUAUGGUAAUUGUAUCAACAGCAAUGUUGUUCUCUCAGAUUUUUUGGUUAUUCUAUGUAAGAGAGAGACGACACAGGAUUCGCUACAAAAAAACCAUAAGUAUGACUGAAUAUCCUUUAGUAGGAAAAGGUCGACGAUGAAGCUUCGAGGAAGAGAUUAUCUUUUAUUUGUCAAAAUUCUGAAUGUUCAUAGGAUAUAGGCACUGGCAGUAGAUAUUUGACACCAUGAGAGUAUGAUGGAACAC